CAGCUUAAAUAGUAGGAGGCUGGUGGGGUUGGAGGGAAAGGCUGGUGACUGAAGGAGUCAGAACACAUCUUUGUAUUUCACUUUAAAUCACCAUGUGAGCAAAUUUGGUAAAUGUCCAUACCCAUAGGACAUUAGUCACAGAUCAAGAGAAAACCACUGUUUAAUAUUAAAUAAGGUUAUAAGUGUUAUCAGCCAUAAGCAGGAAGAGUGACUACAGGGUGGGGCAAAGGUAGGUUUACCGUUGUAUGCAAAAGUUUAUUCUUGUAUUAUUAUUUAUUAAUUAUUGUAUUGUUUCCCAUACAAACAACUAUAACCCUAAUUUUGUCUGACCAUAGGACAGAACCCUAUCUAAUUAUCUGCUUCUGGAUGGUAUUCUCUUACUAGGAAUAAAAAUAGGAAUAGGAAGACUGUUCUGCUACUGACUUCAGUGUGUAUAUUUUAAGUGUGCAUUUGACCAGAACCCUUAUCAGGGCCAUGUUUUCUUUUCCCGCUGAAAAAUCAACCAGGACUUGUGAUGAAGAUGGAUGUCACUGAUUUUAUCAGUCAGUUGUUCAUGCAGCUGGGAACUGUGGGAAUAUAUGAUUUACCAUAUCAGAGGAACAAACUGGUAUAAAGAAGAGGGCAAAAAAGUGACCAGUUACUGCCACGAGACGAUGACCGGGUGGGUGCACGAUGUGCUGGGCCGGAACUGGGCUUGUUUCACUGGACGGAAGGUGGAACCGACCUCGGAGAAUGUGCGAAUGAGCGCAGUGCACCUGGAGCGUCUCCAGGACAAGCAUUCUAAUCGGCUCUACAAAUAUAAUCAUGACUUUGUGAAAGCGAUCAAUGCUGCUCAGAAAUCUUGGACUGCAACCACAUACAUGGAAUAUGAGACUCUUACCCUGACAGAGAUGAUGAGGAGAGGUGGUGGAGGAAGGCUCCCCAGGCCCAGUCCUGCACCACUAACAGCUGAAAUACUUGAAAAGGUUUUGCAUUUGCCACCAUCUUGGGAUUGGAGAAAUGUUGGUGGUAUCAAUUUUGUCACCCCUGUUCGAAACCAAGCGUCUUGUGGAAGCUGCUACUCAUUUGCCUCUAUGGGUAUGCUGGAGGCAAGGCUACGUAUACUAACCAACAACACUCAGACGCCAAUCUUGAGUCCUCAAGAGGUUGUAUCUUGCAGCCAGUAUGCUCAAGGCUGUGAUGGCGGCUUCCCAUACCUCAUUGCAGGAAAAUAUGCCCAAGAUUUUGGGCUGGUGGAAGAGGCGUGUUACCCCUACACAGGCACUGAUUCUCUGUGCAAGCUGAAGGACGACUGCUUUCGUUACUACACAUCCGAGUACCACUAUGUGGGAGGGUUCUAUGGGGGCUGCAAUGAAGCGCUGAUGAAGCUUGAGCUGGUCCAUCACGGGCCCAUGGCCGUUGCUUUUGAAGUCUAUGAUGACUUCUUACACUACCACAAGGGAAUCUACCACCACACUGGUCUGAAUGACCCUUUCAAUCCCUUUGAGUUGACUAAUCAUGCUGUUCUGUUGGUGGGCUAUGGCACAGAUCCAGGCACUGGGCUGGACUACUGGAUUGUUAAAAACAGCUGGGGCACUGGCUGGGGUGAGGAUGGUUACUUCCGGAUCCGUAGAGGAACCGAUGAGUGUGCGAUUGAAAGCAUAGCAGUGGCAGCCACACCAAUUCCUAAAUUGUAGUGCGCACCUCCCAGCACUGCCCUUGAUUUUACUAUAUCUUCCCAUUGAAUACUAGUCUAAUUUUUUCUAAGUACUCAAUUAAAUGAAGUUUAUACAUAUGGUGGUGAGCUAUGCAGUAAUGGAUUUUGCUAAUCAUUUCUGAUUCAAACAUGCUAUAUUUUUUAAAAAUCAAUAUGCAUAUCAUAAAGGAACAUGGCAAUGACUAUUACAUUUUUAAAAGAUUUUUUGUAAAUGAUCAAGUGAUGUGUGUAUUAUGGGAUUUAUGUGUGUGCAUAAGAGAACUUCUACCACUGGCUCCUUCAGUUACAUUCAGAUUCACUGUGUCACUUAUAUGAAUACUUUAAGAAAGAAGGGCAGCCCUGGCCAGUUUGGCUCGGCAGUUAGAGCGUCGGCCCACAGACCAGAGAGGCC